AUGCAUGAUUUAAACUGGGGGUACAGUCGAGGGAAUUUUCCUGAGUUACCUGGCGUAAGCGUCCUAUCCAUUGCAAGUUCCUAUGAAAAUAUCCACGUGUCAAGCGAGCAACCCACCCGAUUACUUCAGAACCUGAAUUGUGUGGGUUGUUCUAACAUUAGGAAGGUUUUCAUCCCAUCAACAACACACUGUUCCCAUUUACUAUUUUUAAACCUUUCUCUGUCCGCUAAUUUGAAGGAGGUUGAUGUAGCUUGUCUCAACCUAUGCUGGCUUAAUUUAAGUCUGUCAUGUGAAGUUUUGAAGCUAGAGUGUCCAAGAUUGACCAAUCUAUUCCUUCAGUCGUGCAACAUUGACGAGGGAGCUGUUGAGGCUGCUAUUUCAAAGUGCACUUUGUCGGAGACUCUUGACGUUCGCUUUUGUCCUAAGAUAAGCUCAACGAGCAUGGUAAGAUUUCGUGCUGCAUGUUCUGGUUUGAAACGAAUAUACAGCAGCCUUGCAACUUCAUCAGCGCUAUCUUCAUGCAUUGCCACAAUAAGUUAUGGCUGUUCUAAUUGUUGUAAAUUUAUAUUCCAAUUUGUUGUUGCAUAUUUUAUUCUGAAGUGGUCUGUCUUGCCUUUCUCUUGUGAAGAAUAG